CCGACUGGCGCUAAAAGUUUUGAGCCUCUCAAAAGUCCAGAGCCGCGAUCCUGGGCGCAGGUGGCCGCUGGGCUCCGGGGUCACCUGGCGUCCGGCCUCGGAGCGUGCUUCCCAGGACGGUGACACGCUCCCCUGAGGUUCGGCGGCUACACUCCCUUCCCAGGAGCUGCGAUGCAGGACCCACAGUCGGAGCUCACCAUCGACCCCCCUCUGAGCCAGGAGACAUUUUCCGAAUUGUGGAACCUGCUUCCUGAAAACAAUGUUCUGUCUUCCGAGCUGUCCCCGGCAGUGGACGAUCUGCUGCUCUCAGAAGGCGUCGCGAACUGGCUGGAUACAGGGUCCGAUGACGCUCCCAGGAUGUCCGCAGCUCCUGCCCCCGCGGGUCUCGGACCAGCCACCUCCUGGCCCCUGUCAUCCUUCGUCCCUUCCCCGAAGACCUACCCUGGCACCUAUGGGUUCCGUUUGGGGUUCCUGCAUUCCGGGACAGCCAAGUCUGUUACUUGCACGUACUCCCCGUCCCUCAACAAGCUGUUUUGCCAGCUGGCAAAGACCUGCCCGGUGCAGCUGUGGGUCAGCUCCCCGCCCCCACCCGACACCUGCGUCCGCGCCAUGGCCAUUUAUAAGAAGUCCGAGUUCGUGACAGAGGUGGUACGGCGCUGUCCCCACCACGAGCGCUGUCCGGACAGCAGCGAUGGGCUGGCCCCGCCUCAGCAUCUCAUCCGGGUGGAAGGCAACUUGCGAGCCAAGUACCUGGACGACAGAAACACUUUCCGCCACAGCGUGGUGGUGCCCUACGAGCCGCCCGAGGUCGGCUCUGAUUGUACCACUGUCCACUACAACUACAUGUGUAAUAGCUCUUGCAUGGGGGGCAUGAACCGGAGGCCCAUCCUCACCAUCAUCACCCUGGAAGACUCCAGUGGUAACGUGCUGGGGCGGAGCAGCUUUGAGGUACGCGUCUGUGCCUGUCCUGGGCGAGACCGGCGCACAGAGGAGGAGAAUUUCCGCAAGAAGGGGGAGCCUUGCCCCGAGCCGCCCCCCGGGAGCACUAAGCGAGCACUGACUCCCAGCACCAGCUCCUCUCCUCCCCAAAAGAAGAAGCCACUGGAUGGGGAAUAUUUCACCCUUCAGAUCCGUGGACGUGAACGCUUCAAUAUGUUCAGGGAGUUGAAUGAGGCCUUGGAGCUGAAGGAUGCCCUGAGCGGAAAGGAGCCAGGGGGAAGCAGGGCUCACUCCAGGGAAUGCCAAACACUCCCCAGGAGACCUGGAACCAUCUCCCUCAGAGACAGUUCUCCUUCAUCUCUCCCCACCCACCGGGGCCUUGGCAAACCAGGCCUCUCGAAACUCAUUCCCUCUCUUCGCUCUGCUACAUGGCUCACCUUGAAGUUCCCUUCUGACCAGCGUCCAGCACCCCUGACUCCCAUUUCCCUAGACUGUCCCUGGCUGUUUUGGAUUCUGCUCUGCUCCUUCAGAAAGCAGAUCCAACUGGCUCUGCCGAAACCUUUGUGAGCUGAUAGAUCACGGGGCCAGAAAUGAGGCUGGGUUUGCAGAUUUAUAAUGGGUCCCUAACUCUCUGGUCCCACCUGCUUGCUUCCUUCCCUUGUGUUCAUUCAGUCAUCCGUGGGCAUCCGCUGGUGCUUUACUCUGCCUGGCUCUGUUCCAGGCCAUAGGGUCCUGUAGCAGACACGGCCUCUGCCCUCAGGCUCAAAGCCUGAGCCCUGUACCACUGAGAUCUGGACUCCUAAACAACUUACCUCCCUGAUUUCAGGAAUACGGGGUUCCCAAAGCUGUGAGACCCAGCAAAAGUUGUACUCUGAGGAAAAUGUAUAGCCAUAAAUGCUUCUAUUAUUCUUAAAAAAGAGAGAAAGAGAAACAAAAGGAAGCUAAAAAAAGAUAGAAAUUGUUGAAAGAGAAAGCAAACUUGGUAAAUCCAAAAGCAGGAGUUUAGGGGGGAAAAAAAAGAUAAAUUUAAAAAAGGAAAGAAGGGUACCUGGGUGGCUCAGUCAGUUAAGUGUCUGCCUUCAGCUCAGGUCAUGAUCUCAGGGUCCUGAGAUCAAGUCCCGCACGGGGCUCCUUGCUUAGCGGGGAGUCUGCUUCUCUCGCUCCCUCCCCCCCCCUUGCUCUCUCAAAUAAAUAAAAUCUUUUUAAAUCUUUUAAAAAAUAAAAUAAAAAUUAAAAAAUAAUAAUUUAAAAAGAAAAACUCAAGAGCUUGUUGAGGAAAACACAGCAAGGACCAUCAAUUGGUCCAAUGCUACUUAAACUAUUCUGUACCACAGGAAAAGAAUGAAAUCUCUAAUUUAUGUGAAGUUUUUGUGGUUUCGUUAAUAGAAAAACCUGGUAAAAACCCAGAAGCGAAAUUAACUUACGUAGAUGCAAAACUCUCAAAACAGUACCAGAAUGCAUUGAUGAAUCAAAAGAAGAUUAACACUGUAAGUAAAGGUUUAUUCCAGGAGCACAAAGUUUGUUUAAGAGAGAAUCUAUCAACAUAAUUCAUGACAUUAACAAAUUAAGGAGGAAAAAUACGAUCAUAUCAACAGAUGCUGAAAGGAAUUUGAUUAAAUUUCAGCAUCCGUUCCUUUAAAAAAAAAAAUCUUAAUUAAAAAUAGUAGUGGAAUACCAGGAGGUAUUAUCCUAAUGGUUAAAUACUAAGAUAAUUUCAGUUAAAGAACCAUACAGGGAUGCCUACUGACAGUGUUACAAGGCGUUCAAGAGGAUCAAAAAGAAAAGAAACCAACAUUGGUGAAAUAUCUCUUUGCCUUUUUGAUCGUAUGUCUAUGUACCUUAAGAACUCAAGAGACCAGGAUAGAGAAUCGUUGGAAUUAAAAGUAAAUGGACAGUAGAUAGAGAAAUAUACCUUUUCAAAAAUUAGUACUGAGAGGGGCGCCUGGCUGGCUCAGUCGGUAGAGCAUGCAACUCUUGAUCUUGCAGGGUCGUGAGUUCAAGCCCCAUGUUGGGUGUAGAGAUUAGAUUCUUAAAAAAGUAAAUAGAUAAUUUUUUAAAGUGGGGAGGGAUACCUGGCUGGCUCUGUCCAAAGGGCAUGCAACUCUUGAUCUCGGGGUCAUGAAUUUGAACCCCACGUUGGGGGUAGAUUACUAAAAUUAAAAAAAAAAAAAAAAGCAAUGGAGGGAAACCUACUCUCCUUGCUAGAUAUCAAAAAACACUGUAAAACUAUUGGAAUAAAAUCAACAUGGCUUGGUGUGUGGAGUCAUAGACAAGCCAGGGGCAGUAAGUACCAAAUCUGAAAGCAAAUCUUGGCACACAGGAACUUUUAUUAUAUGGCCAAAGUUGGCAUUUCACCUCAAUGGGAAUAAAUUAGAGAUUUUUAAAAAAUAUUUCUUUUAUUAAGUAAACUACGCCCAACCUGCGACUCAAGCUCACCACCCCAAGAUCAAGAGCCGCGUGCUCUACCAACUGAGCCAGCCAGGAGCCCUUGAUUUUUGACAAGUAAAGCGAAACUGACAAAACUAGAAAAAUAAAAUAAAAUUGGACUCCCAUUUACACCACACACAAAAAGAAACAAAAAUCAGAGGGAUUAAAGUGAAUGUAGACGUUUAAAUGAAAUGAAAAUCCUGCCCACCCCCCCCCCAAAAUCUAGAAAA